AUGAUGUUCGGCCGUCCGCCCGCGCCCCAGGUGAACUGGGAUGAGAUGUACUUCCACCAGAGGCUGCGCCACCUCUUCGACCACGGCGCAGACUGGUUGGUCUCGAAGCUGAACUGGUGGAUCCCCUCUGUGGCGGCAGGAAUGGUACUCAGCCUCCUCGUGCUCAGCGGUGAUCCGGUCGCGGAGGGCGCUUCAGUAGUGCUGCCCACACUGUCCCCCGUCCUGCGCACGCCCAUAUUCGGCUUGCAGAUGCCGGAGCGCGAGGGAGAGGCGGCGGAGGAAGACGAGGAAGAGUUUUAG